AUGGCUCCCGUCAAGAAGUCCAAGUCGCUCAAGUCCAACGAGUCGCUCAAUGCGAAGCUCGCUCUUGCCGUCAAGUCCGGCAAGUACUUCCUUGGGUACAAGAGUGCCUCAAGCAGAUGCGCUCUGGAAAGGGUGAGUCUAUUUUACUUAUACCUCCAGGGACUGGAGCCCAAGCUCAUCUUGAUCGCUGGUAACUGCCCUCCUCUGCGCAAAUCGGAGAUCGAAUACUAUGCCAUGUUGUCCAAGACUCAUGUGCACCACUUCAACGGCACUAACAUUGCCCUUGGAACUGCUGCUGGAAAACUCUUCCGUGUCGGUGUCAUGACCGUCACCGACCAAGGUGACUCUGAUCUGCUUACUGUUGCCGAGGCUGGCUCUCAGUGA